CCAGUGAGUCGUGGUGGAUGGCUGCUUAUACUGAGCCAGGAUCCUCUGGCGGUUUCUUCCUGUUAAAAGGGAGUUUUCCUCUCCACUGUCGCUAAAUGCUUGCUUAGUAUGAGGAUUGCUGUAAAGUCACUGACACUAGUCAGUGACUUGAUGCAAUUUGCUGGGUUCCUUAUAUAGGAAACUUUUUUUCUGAUUGGCUUAAUGAACUGACCUGUAUUGGAAUGUUUCCUAUGUGAAGUGCCUUGAGACGACUCUUGAUGUGACUUGGCACUGUAUAAAUAAACUUGAAUUAAAUACCAAUAUAGUAUCAAUAUCAAUACUUCUGUGAUGACCAAUCACUAAUAUUUACCAAGAUUUUUUAUUUCCUUAGACUUCCAACAUCAAAAAAAGUGGCAACAUCUGCAUUGCUUCUGUGCUUCUGUUAAACACACCAACUGGCACUGCAUCACUACCAAUGUCAGCAUAACCAAACAAAUACUAUGUGGCCAAUCCCAUCCUCUCCCUGAAAUGCAAAUGCGAACGGCAACAAAAUGGCAACAUCAGUUGUUAAUAUCGGCCCAGUUUUACUUAUUGGACCGAUACUGAGAAGUUAAAAAAUGACCAUCAUUGACCAAUUCUGAUGUUGAUGCCGAUACAUCGUGCAUUGUAUCGCAACAUCUGAAAAAUGAAUUGAGUUAUAGCACUUUUUGGUUUUUCUACUGCCAGUCAUCAUGGUGACCAUCUUGAAUUAUGUUAAUUUCAGCAGGUAAUCAGUAGGGGUGUUAAUCACUAGUUUGAUCACGAUACGUCAAAUCGAAACAGUGGAUUGCAAUCUGGUGUUUGCCGAUAUCCCAAAUCCAGUCACAAUAUCAUUUUCAUGUGAUCCGCCAAUCGAUAUGAAACAAUAUUACAAGUGAUUGAACAUAAUCAUAAUUUCCCAGGGGAGGGAAAGUUUCUUCACUGACUACUUUCUGAACACUCGCCAUGACGAGGCUAGCUUUUCUUUUAACGUGUUUAAUGAUGUGCAGGAAAAGGUGGAAGGUGCAUGUCAGUGGAACUUCAAAAUUAAGCUUUUUUGUAAAAAAAAAGUGCAUUUGAUGAAUAGUUAUUCUAUAGAUGUUUGUCAUUCUGGAUCGGUCGCUACAUCAUUGAUACAGAUUGAUGUGUUGUUGCACUCCACAGUUGUAGAUGGUCCAUUCCAAUGGUCGCUUUGUGAGAGUUUCAAAGCCCAACUAGUAGACAGUUGCUGACAAACACAAGGGGGGUGCACAUUCAUAGAUUCAUACAUUAGAAGUAAUAACUAAAAUACAAUGUUGCAUGAGUGAUGCUAUCAGUUUCUGUGAAUCACACCAAACUGCUCCACUAGCGCCCCCUCAGGUUAUUAGUUUAGCCAAGAACAGUCCACAAAUAGCAUCAUCCUACAUCUGCAGCAUUUGGUUUAGUAUGCACCGAGCACCACGGCUCGGCCAUGACUGUUUCCGGUGUGUUAAGUUUAAAUUUUACCCCGCAGUUGUGCAGAAAGCGAGUGGAGUGUGUGUGCAUGACUGGAGAAAUACCAGUCCGUUGUGCUCAUUCCCACCCCCUUCACUCAUAUUUCUCCCGAUCUGCGCCCCCUUCCUCCCGCUGAUAAAGCAGCAUAACGGGGUGGAGCUCUCCUCUCCGGGGCUCCUCCUUCCGCUCCCUUCGGUUUCUUCCACUUGCCCCCCUCACACAAACGCUCGUCUCGUGUCCACCUUCUCGUUCUUGCAGCUCGGGGAGAUGAAAAAGGCGUGAAAUAACAGGGAGAUUACGGGACUGGUGUUUCUUUAUUUUUGUCCGAGCGGAACAGGCGUUACGGCGUGUCCAGAGCACGGAACCGAGAGAGACGCAUCACGGGCGGUGGAAGGCGGAGGGAGGAGGCGACAGCGGAUCGUAAACACGACGUAAAACCGGGAAUAGGACAGCAGACAGGCGGCUAUCACCCCCCGCCGUCCUCACCGCGUCCCUCAACAUUUCCAUCCUUUCAUUCCCCCCUCAAAUAUCCCAUCCUGCUCCCAGUCAGGAGGUUGUUCCAUCACCACGAUCAGAUCGACAGGAUUCCCCCAAGUGCGCCCUGCUGCUCGGGACGCGGCGCCUGCGAUCCGGCGGACACCAACACCAGGGAGGGAGGAGGUGAAAGCAGAGCCGGGAUGAACGUAGAGUAACCCGGCUGAAGCAGAGGCACCGAACCCCCCCUGAUAUCACCGAAUCUCCGGUACCGAAUAAUGCGAUGGCACGGUGGCUUCUGCGGCAAAAGGCUUGAGUCAGACCGAGCAGCAGCGCUCUCCUCCACCAUGAACCUCUGAAAGACAUCUGACACAGGCACAGAUGGGCAGCAACGCAGGAGAGACGAGGUUUGCAGCAACAGUCUGACAACGACUGCUGGCAUGAUCACAUUGGAUUAAUUUGGACAGGCAUGUCUUGGCUUAAAGGGGCAGGGUUACUCCUGCCCUGCAGCCAGACAACACGCACAAAAUGGCGACGGCACCAUCUUUCGAUGAAAAUGCGACGGCACAGAGUGUUCUUGCUGUGCACGGUGGGUCUGUGCGUCAUCUCCUUCCUCCACUACUACAAGGCCCUCCACUACGUUUCUUUGCUGCGUGAGCUCUCCGCUCCAUACCCCAACAUCAAGUCCUUCAUCAUGGUCUCUGGAUUUUUCUGGAGAGAGAAGGGUGUGGCUGCCACCCCACUCAGUCCUGCCUCACCCGAAGAAGCGCCUGUUCGUCAGCUAGACAAUAAAAAUGGAGGUGGGGUGGGCUCUUUAGGAGGUGGAGCAGGAGGAGUCCUAGACCUGGGAGUGGAUAGUGUCAGGGUUGGAGGUCCUGGUAUUCCUGGCCAUGGGGGAAUUGAUGAGAGACUAAAAGAUCAACCAGAGCCUCCACAUCCCUGGGAAAAACCAGAAGAAAGCUUGAUAGGAGACCUAUCAAAUGAGAGACUAGUUAAAGACCACCAUGCUCAACCUGUUGGACCACAACUCCCAGAAGCACGACUAGGAGGCAAAGGUCAUCCAUCAGACCCUAUACAACUGAUGGGGGACAUUCACACCCACACUCAUGAACUUCAAGAUGAUAAAACAUCUUAUUUUGUUCGCACAAAGGCUGGAGCCCUUUGCUUCAGACAGGGAACUGAAGUGGCUACCCCAAAGGAAUAUGCUGUAAAAAUUGGAGGGGCUGUAGCUAAUGAAGUUGUAGAAGGAGGUCGAGCCGCACAGAGAAAAGCCUUGCAGCUUCGGCAGCAGCCGUCCGUAAUGCCAAAGGCCAAAGCAAAAGCCAGGGGCAAUGGAAAGCGGCUGGUCAAGUGUGUAUGUCGGCCGGGAUGGCAUGGACCUUACUGUGGGGUUCCCACCAUGGUGUACCACUCCAACCUCCCAACCAAGGAGCGACUCACACCAAGAGAGAACCCACGAAGGGUGAUCAACGCCAUUAACGUCAAUCAUGAAUUUGACCUGUUGCACGUACGCUUUCAUGAGCUUGCACAAGCCGUAGAUUUGUUCCUUGUGUGUGAAUCAAACUUUACAGCCUAUGGAGAGAAACGACCCUUAAGUUUUCUGCGCCUUCUACUUAACGGUACUUAUGACUACAUACGUCACAAGAUCCUGUAUGUGUUUCUUGACCAUUUCCCGGAGGGUGGUCGGCAGGAUGGCUGGAUCGCCGAUGACUACUUACGAACCUUCCUGACACGUAAUGGUAUGUCCAGGGUGAUAGGAGGGAGAGUCGAUGAUGUCUUCAUCAUCAACGAUGCAGAUGAAAUUCCAGCACGUGAGGGCCUCAUUUUCCUCAAGUUGUUUGAUGGCUGGACGGAACCUUUUGCCGUACACAUGCGCAAGUCUCUAUAUGGAUUUUUCUGGAAGCAGUUUGGGUCCCUUGAGGUGAUCUCUGGCUGCACCCUGGGGAUGCUCCACGAUGUUUAUGAUAAUGACGGCAUCAAACUGCGACGUCGGGAAUACUACACAAUGCCCGGAUUCCGAAAGUACGAGAACAACACUGGCCACAUCUUGGUCCAGUGGUCGGUUGGCAGCCCCUUCCACUUUGCUGGAUGGCACUGCUCCUGGUGCUUCACACCCGAAGGCAUCUACUUCAAGCUAGUGUCGGCUCAGAAUGGAGACUUCCCUCGGUGGGGGGAUUACGAGGACAAACGCGACCUCAAUUAUAUCCGGGACCUGAUCCGGACAGGGGGCUGGUUUGAUGGCUCCGUGCAGGAAUACCCGCCCGUAGACCCUAAAGAGCAUAUGUACGCACCCAAGUACAUGCUGGAGCACUACGACAGGUAUCACUACCUCCUGGAGAACCCUUAUAACAAAGUGCCCAGACCAAAGGAUGUCUAGGAGAUCAAUACACUAAACAUGUAGUGCCUGUUUGAGGCCUUGGCACUGAGCUUUGGAGGUGGAAUGGUACUGAUGAACAAAAUGUACCUCCAACCAGCAACACUGAUGUUGCAGGAAUUUAAAACCUCUUAGAAUAAAAUGUGGGGUAGAAAGGGAACACUGAAUCACGUCCUUUAUGGAUCUGCAGAGAAAGCAUCAAAAAGGAUACAACCACUGGAUAAACAAUGUCAUGGAUUUCCUCAUUCCUUUUCUUUUAUUUUUUUGGUGACAGCUUUUUCCCCUUUGCCAGUUUUCUUGGUGUCUUCAUUUGCCACUUGACACACCUGUGCUCUGUGAUAAACAGGCAGCUUAUUAAAAAAAAAAAGCCAGGGAUAUUUUAACAGUGAGCGAAGCCUUUGAAAGCGAAGAGCGUUUUUGUUUCGGGUUGCUUUAACUGAAGUUUACAGACCAAUUCGAUAUUCCUGCUUCACUCUCCAUUCUCAGAUGUCUUCCUGCCUCCAUCAGUUUUGGGGAUCUCUUUCCAGAACCAGACUCAUAUUCAGAUAUUAUACUAAGCUUGGGUCUCAGAAAUGGAGAGGUUUUCACUCAUACAAAAAUCACCUUCAUUUUCAUGCACCUUAUGCUUUUCUGCGUGUUUGUGAACUGUGUGAGUGCUUUGUCUUUGUGUCGUGUGGUUUGUGGCUGUGAACAGGCAGUUAGGGGGCAAGAUCGAUGACAGAAAAGUAGGAUCACGCGGUGAUGGAGAGGGGAGGAAAAAUAGCUUUUACAUCCAUGAGCGCCACAGCUUACAGACGGAUCCGAAUGAAUCACGGCAUUUCCCUCUCAGAGAUGAAUCAUUAAUGCUUUUGUUUUUGAUCGAUUGUUGCAAUAUGUCCUUUUAUUUCUGUACUUAACAUUUUGCCUUAGGUUAAAGUUGCAAACCCUUUCUCUAGUUUUCAGUAGCAGGCAUCUGUUUACCUUGUCUUCAUCAUAUUUCUCUCCCUCUGCCUUGGAAGAACGAGACAACCACUCUCAUGGCAAUGCCCCAAGAUCACAAACAUUUAACUGUUAUGGCACGAGUGCUCAUGCCUCUCGACCUUUCGCCCCUCUAUAAACAGCUGUCACGGUGGCUGAAAGUCUAAAUCCCCACCUGAAAAAAUGGUUCAGGUGGAGAUUUUGUGAGUAACGUUUGAUAUCGUGGAUGUGCGUGAUGUGAUUUGAAGCCAGUGGGGUAACUCUUGGGUUUAUUCCUGUCAAGGCAAAGAAAUCCCAACAGGAAUGUUUACAAGUAAUGGACAAAGUUCAAGAAAAAUUACAGACAUUGGAUUAUUCUAUAAAGAGCAGACUGAGGGUUAUCACCAGCUAUUUUAAGAUUGAUGCUUCUCAAAGGAAGAGAGGAUAAAAAAAUACUUCAAGGGGGUAAUUAGGGGCUGCUGAGGGAUGAAAACAAGGGUUGGAACUACAAAAGUUUGCUUUGUAGCUUUGAUAUAAUUGGGGAACAAAGCUCUGGCACAGAUCCCUUCAGCACACACACUCGUGGCGGUGAAAAUGUGGUCAACCAGGAGGCAUCUGAAUGUUAUGUUUGUUGUGUUCUGCUGCUGCGAUGAUGGUGCAGACUGCGACAGCAGCUGUUGGGGGUUUGGAGUUGCAUUCGAGAGCUAAAACACCGUCUGAAUUCAAGGAGGCUACAGAGAAAAUAGCUGUGUAUUGAAUUCAAAAGGAAAUCGUCAAGAAUUCUCCACGUAAUGCAUUUCAGUUUUUAAAUGAGGUUGUGCUGCUUGGUAACUAGUGAGCGUUGCAGGUUUUGGUGCUGAAUCCUUUCAAGGCGACAUUUUGCAUGAAAGCCCUUCAUUCAUCAGGUUUUCUGAAGGUUUUAUGGCAACCAUCCAAGCUGACGAACAUCCAUUACUGAAUUUUCUAGGAAAACACCAAUUAUGUGUCCUCUGGUUAGUUUUAUAUGAAUCGUCAACACAAGACAGUCUAAACUAAUGCACACCACACAUAAAACAUGCCUCCCUCCCUUCCCUCUGAGCUUGUGGUUUCAGACAGCAGGCGUGUCAUAUUCUCUGUCCAACUCUGUGGUGACUUCAUCCCAACAUCUGCACAAUGAACUUUACAAAAUAAGGAAAAAAAUAUGCAUUUCAUCUAAAUGCCUUCUCAUAUUUGUGUUUACAUCCUGCCAGGGAGAAUUUAUUUCACGUUGACACCUCAUUUUGAACCUGUUGCAGGCUGCACAUGUGCUAACAGAACCCACGUUUGGGUUGCUGAAUGCGCCACAGCGGCUCACGGCGAGGCGAGGCUGGUGCUGAAACACGAACUAGAAUUUCUCGACUUGGCCCGUUGAUUCAUUAUCACCAUGGUAACAAUCCCCAUGAUGAGUUCUUGAGAUCCCUUACUGCCUUAGGUCAUUCGCCAAGAUUGCAGGCCAGCAGUUUAAGAGGUGAGAGAGUGCAGUGGAUAAACCAGUCAAAGAAGUCAAGAACCACUUUCCCACUUAAUUCCACGCAUAAUUUACCACGAGUAUAAAACUGGUAAAUGUUGCAGUUUGCAGAGAUGAAUAGAGCAAAAAGAAAAGAAAAAGUUUCAGCAAGUGAAACGUGAUUUUCUUGGGCCUUCUGUGCUGCCUCGGUGGUCUAGUGAUUUUUAAACAGGCUGAUUUCCAAAUUGAGGGUCUGUCCUGCUCAAGAGCAGAUCGUGGGCACUCAGCAAAGCUAAAGGCACAGAGACGUAUGUUAGUGGACAGUCUAAUCGCAGCUCCCAGCCAACUGUUGUCAUAUUUGUCAUAACCAGACCAAAAAUCAUUUUCAUAAUAAGCGAGGCUCAGUUUAAAUUAGAGUUUGUCUCAAAGGCUUGCAGGCUUUAGACAACUGUUAAUCAGCACUUUCACCACAACUUUCCUUCCUCGUGUCGACACCACACACUUCCUCUGUGACUCAUGUCGCCCGAGUUUUAAAACGCACUCCUGAAGUGUAGUUCACUGAAAACCCAUUUUUUAAGAUUAUUCUGAUUAUAAUCAGUCACUGAGUUUUUCAUGUAGGCUGGACAUGAAAAUAGUCUCCUACACCUAUCUCCUGCAUUAGCUUCUGAUGGAAAAUAGACGGUGAAACUCUAGGAUUUGAAAUCCAGACAGAUCUACGUCACACUGUUGCUUAACAUUCAUGGACUCACCCAUCUUGACUCACCACGGGGAAGGCUGCCGUUGGUUUAGCAUCCAGAAACAUCCUGACCAGUUUAGGCUGACCAUUAGCAUUAGCAACUCCACCACACAGCAGAACUCCUCCAGGCUUGUGUUACCUGUGGAGGUAAAACAUCAUCAUUGAAAGUCAGUGGUAGAGCCAUGUUGCUGUUAUCCAGUCCGGGGCGAGACGUCUAAAUAUCAGGAAAUAUAACUCCAAAACCCUGUAGCUCAGCUGUGUAACUGUUAGGUCCCAGAAAUGGUGCACUGGUAUUACCCCCCCCCCC